GAAAAAGUGUUCUCUUUUCGACCACUGCCAUGAGUGAAUUCAUUCAGGCCAUCUUCAUUCGAAGUGCCGAAACACGACAACAACCCAAACCCCAUAUUGUGUAUAAAAUUGAGGUGCAUGCGGCGGUACGGAAUUGGAUUGUAUGGAAACGGUACUCGGAAUUUGCAAAGCUGAAUUCACAGCUGUUGACCAUCUUCCCCAAACAUCCCCCUCCCAUGGCUUUGCCUCGCAAGCGGUAUUUUCCUUCCACAUUUUCGGAUCCUGAAAAAAUCGAAGAACGUCGUCGUGGACUCGAAGCCUACCUUCGGGGAAUCUUGAGCAGUCGAGACGAUCGAUGGCGACAAACGGAUAUUUGGCGAGAAUUUUUAUCGAUUCCCACUGGUCGAGCGUUGGAUACCAGUACCCUCUAUACCUCGGAAUCAUGGCUUGAUGAGUAUCAAGAAAUGACCAAUACAGCCCGCGAAAUUCGAUCGCUUAUCAAUCGACGCGGCACGCAUUUAGCUCGUAACGAAAUUUCCGCUUCCCACAAUUGUACAGUCCAAGCGAAGAAACGAUUGAUGGCAUUAUCGUCUCGUCUGUCGAAUCUGGAAGCCGGCCUGACCGCCUUAGCCAAUGGAUCAGCGAAUGAAGGAAAAAUAUUGUCCGAAGGUGAACUGCGGCGAAGGCAAGAUAUGGUGAUCACACUGAAGGAUGAGAAAGAUAUGUUGAUGAAGCUAGUGAGUACAAGUCGCCAAGACCAUGAGAUGAUGUACGAUACCUCGUCGGUGGAUAAAAAGAAUGUGGGCGAUCGAAGAGCGUUGAUGGGAGAUACGGCAGCGAUGAAUGCCAGUAGUCGGUAUGGAAGUACGGAUCCGCCACGACAAGGAUCCUCGGUAUGGCAAGUGAAUGGUCCAUCGAAAGAUGGCGUAAAGCGAAGUGGCACCAUCACAAGCGGGCGAGCGUUGGGCGCGGCAGCAGCACGACAAAAGGCGUUGGCGCAAGAAACCGAAGUGACGCGUGGAAUGGAUAACGAAGGUUUGGUAAAAUACCAGCAACAACUUAUGGAAGAUCAAGAUCAACAAGUCGAGCAAUUCAGCGCCAUUUUAGCUCGACAGAAACAAAUCGGAUACGCCAUUGGCGAUGAACUUGAAACACAAAACCAAAUAUUGGAUGAAUUGGAUGGCGAUGUUGGACGAACACAAACAAAACUCAAGUUUGCAAAUAAGAAAUUGGGCAAGAUCAAGUAAAUCCGGAUCAACUUUUUUUUUCUCCUUGUUGUUUUGAUUCUUGAUUCGGUCCACAGUCUCACCUAGAAAACAGAAUCCCCUCCCUCCGCGCCUCCCCACAUAUACUCUCUCUCAUUCUCACACACAUAUUACACACACACGUCGCCGACCAUACAAAAAAGGGAAAACCUAAAAAGAACAUCUUUAUAAAGUAAUACUUAUUUAUCGUUACCGCCAAUUUCGGCGCGGUUAUGAGGGAG